AUGGAACAGGGGAAAACCCCCACUAUCGCCGGCCGCCAUGACGAUCAACGAGACCGCAUCUCGGCGUUACCCGACGAGAUCCUCCACGACAUCCUGUCUCGUUUAGACUCCCAAAAACUCGUCGGUAAAGCCACUGUCCUCAGCAAAAGAUGGGCCGGCCUCUGGUUCUCGUACCCAACAUUGGAAUUGAACGGCGACGAUUUCCGAUACAAGGAAUCCCUAAAAAGCUUCGCCGCUUCAGCCGCCAAGAAGCUCUCUUCGUUCCAACAACAAAACGACACCAAUCCCCAUCUCGCCGCCGUCACGAUUAAAUUUAACAGCGGCGGCUGGAUGGGAGACCACUACUCAGACUUCUGCACCACCAUCCUCGACGAUCUGCUCGGAUUCGUCGCCAAGAAUCCGCCAAAAAAGAUUGAUGUCGUUGCUUCGCAUUACAGCAUCCCACGGGAGUUUCUACUACCCGCUGGCGGCGGCCAAUUAUCCCGCAUCAAAGAUCUCAGCUUGCAGAAUUGCAACUUUGACAGCUACGCCAACCUUUUCACAGAGGACGACAAAAACAGCAACCCUUUUGACUGUCUUCGCGGAUCCCUCAGGAAGUUGAGGCUCGUAAACGUCAAAUUCCCCGACGGCGGACGGAUUCUGAAUAGCAUUAUCGCUGGCGCCUCCCUCUUGGAAGAAUUGACCCUGUUUUUUCAAGGGGUACAGAGGAUUCAGGUUCGGGACCUACCGAACCUGAAACAUUUGAAGCUUUUCCCCAACGACCCGGUCGACUUCGAUAUCGCAUGGCCCCAUCGUUCGAUAGAGGAUGGCGCCAUGGCGAUUGUGUUGACGCCGGAUCUGACAAGUGUGGAAAUCACAACUGCACGUGCUUGUGCAUUCACCAACUGGGAAGUUGAAGAUUUGAUAUCGGAGUCCCCACUCUUAGAAUCUUCAAUAACAUUAACAAGUGGUCUCUCUAGAGUGUAUGACCUGAAGAUCGUCAAUAACGAUAAGUUAAAGGAAGUCAAAUUGAGUUCAUGGAACCAUUCGAUUGGUCUCUCUGACAUAAGUUUCCUUCCAUGGGUCAAACUUCGUUUCUUCCCUACAAUCUUAAGUAAGGAUGACAAAUCCUUUGCCUUGGUGACAAUCCACAUCGCACUCUCCCGGCUCCAUCUUAAUGGUUUGGGGAAGCUUCUUGCGAAGCUAAGCCAAUUCUGGUUGAGUGUACAACUCAUACAUGAGUUUCCAAAUGGUUGGGAGGAAGAUGUGGAUCAAUGUGGAGAUGUUCAGUCUCCAAUUAUUGAACACGUGAUAGUUUCACAACGGUCUUUGUCAUCGUGCAAUAAGAAGGAAUUGUUUUUAGAUACCAUAUUCUAUUGUUGUCGUCCUAAAUUUAUAUCUUUUAGUCCAUGGACAUAUAAACUGUCUAGAGAAAAUAUGGUAUCAGUUGGUGAGUCUAUACAACAGCUCUUCAUGAAGAGAGAAUUCAAUGAUCGUUGUCGUACUAAAUGCAAUUGCUGGCGCCAUCGGUUGGAAGAUGUCAAAAUCUUACACAGAAGUAUAAAAGGAAGCAUCAAAAAGGAGAAAGUUCUGAACAUUUCAAAUUUUAUGUUUUCAUCUCUUGGUGAACAAGAUCAAAUAUGGUUUGUUUUGAUUUGGCGUUAG